GAAGCUGCAGGGUGUGUGGAUGCCAAUCAGGGGUGGACUGACAACUCAUGGGGCCCCCGGGCAAUAGGGGAUCAUAGGGCCCCUGUGUCCUCACCCACACUCAAACCACACUCAAAAAAGCCUAUGAAAGGUACCAGGGGCAUCUCAUGGGGCCCCCUACUGACCCAGGGCCCUCGGGCAGUGCCUGAGUUUCCAAAUGGUCAGUCUGCCCCUGGUUCCUAGGGUUCCCACCUCAUCCCUUUAAACCCAAACACAUAUUAAUGACACAGGUUCUGUGGAUGAUUAUGGUGGCUGAUUAAACUCACUUAGUGCCGUGACUGCACUAAUUUAGCCCCCAGAACCUGUGUAAUAA